AUGGGGAUGAUGGUGGCCACAGGGGUGCCCCGGGGGUCUCCCCACAGAGCCCCCCCAGGACCCAUCCCGCCCCCCAUCCCGCAGUGCACCAAGCAGCUCAUCUCGGAGCGGUUCGGGCGGGGGUCCCGCACCGUGGACCUGGAGCUGGAGACGCAGAUCGAGCUGCUGCGGGAGACGAAGCGCAAGUACGAGUGUGUGCUGCAGCUGGCACGCGCCCUCACCAACCACUUCUACAGCCUGGUGCAGACCCAGCACGCCCUGGGGGACGCCUUCGCCGACCUCAGCCAGAAAUCCCCCGAGCUGCAGGAGGAGUUUGGUUACAACGCGGAGACGCAGAAGCUGCUCUGCAAGAACGGGGAGACCCUCCUGGGGGCCGUCAACUUCUUCGUCUCCAGCAUCAACACGUUGGUCAACAAGACCAUGGAGGACACGCUCAUGACGGUCAAGCAGUACGAGACGGCCAG